UGCUGGGGCCAGGAGGCGCCGGGGAAGGGACAACCCAACGUCUUAGGCGGCCGGGACCCCCGGCCCAGCUCGGUGGCCGCGGCCGAGAGUUUGCAAACUCAGCUCUGGAGUUCGGCGGUGACAGCGACAGCAGCAGGAAAAACCUGCCCCUGCCCCCCCAGCUCCCGCCGCCUCCCCUACCCUGUUCUCCCUUCACUAACCAGGCACCCACAGUUCCCGUAAGGCCCUUCUGCCAUGUCGGACCCAGACAUCCCCAGGGGCCCUGGUGUCCUCACCAUGUGGCCCCCCUGUUCCUGGGGUGCCUGAGCUCCUCGAAAAGCCACCACCGCCCCCCUGCCCACCUUGGCCCAGUCCUGAGCCCCAGGGACCAUGAGUGGGGGUAAGAAGAAGAGUAGUUUCCAAAUCACCAGCGUCACCACGGACUACGAGGGUCCGGGGAGCCCAGGGGGUCCAGAUAACCCUGCCCUGCCGGUCCCCACUGGGCCCCCGCCCCGCCUGCCCAGUGAGGAGCCCAACCCAGAGCCAGGGGGCAAGGGUACCCCCCGGAAUGGCUCCCCACCGCCUGGGGCCCCCGCCUCCCGUUUCCGGGUGGUGAAGCUGCCCCAAGGCCUGGGAGAGCCUUAUCGCCGAGGCCGUUGGACAUGUGUGGAUGUUUACGAGAGAGACCUGGAGCCCCCUAGCUUUGGCCGGCUCCUGGAAGGGAUUCGAGGGGCCUCAGGGGGCAACGGGGGCAGGUCUUUGGAUUCCAGGUUGGAGCUGGCCAGCUUAGGCCUGGCCACCCCUACCCCACAGCCAGGCCUGUCUCAGGGCCCCACCUCCUGGCUCCGCCCACCCCCCACCUCCCCUGGACCUCAGGCCCGCUCCUUCACUGCGGGUCUGGGCCAGCUGGCAGUGCCCGGCAAGGCCAAGUUGGAGACAACCCCCCUGUCAGCCUCCCCGCCCCAGCAGCGCCCCCCAGAGGCCGGGACGGGGGAUAGCGCGGGCACUUCCCGGGCUGCCACGCCCCUGCCCUCUUUGAGGGUAGAAGUGGAGGCAGGGGGCUCAACAGCAGGGACCCCUCCACUUUCGCGUGCGAAGGAUGGAGCUCUGCGGCUGAGGAUGGAGUUGGUUGCUCCAGAGGAGAUGGGGCAGGUGCCCCCACUCGACUCUCGCCCCAGCUCCCCAGCCCUCUACUUCUUCCCCGAUGCCAGUCUGGUUCACAAGUCUCCAGACCCCUUUGGAACAGCGGCUGCCCAGAGCCUCAGCUUCGCCCGCUCCAUGCUGGCCAUCAGUGGCCACCUGGACAGUGAUGACGAUAGUGGCUCCGGAAGCCUGGUUGGCAUUGACAACAAGAUCGAACAAGCCAUGGACUUGGUGAAGUCCCACCUCAUGUUUGCGGUCCGGGAGGAGGUGGAGGUGCUGAAGGAGCAGAUUCGGGACCUGGCCGAGCGGAACGCCGCGCUGGAGCAGGAGAAUGGACUGCUGCGUGCCUUGGCCAGCCCCGAGCAGCUGGCCCAGUUGCCUUCCUCGGGGGUCCCACGGCUGGGGCCCCCAGCGCCCAAUGGGCCCUCAGUCUGAGCCUCCCUUCCUUCACAAUGUGCCUUUGGGGGCCGCCACAGCUGCUAGGCCUUGAGCCAGCUGCCUGCCCCCUCUUCCUAUGCAGCUUUAAUGCCCCCUGAUCCCCGGGGAUGGGAGUUGAAGGCUCAGAAGUGGCCUGUUCCCCGCCCUUCCUUGGUCUCCCCAUAGUGCCCAGGGACUGGGCUGGGGCAUCCCUAGACAUUGAUGGAGGAGGGAGGGCAUCAGGACAGGGUGUUAGAUGGAGCCCCCCUCCUCCCUCCCUAGGGGUCAGUGUUCUGGGACACCCCCCGGCAAUAGAUGGCUUGGAGGUGUUGGAGGCUGCCUGGAAGACAUCCCCACCUUGUUCCCUGGAGUGCCCCCUUCUCCUCUGCCCAGGGGAGGGAGUACAGAAAGUAUCUGGAAGUUCUGGGAUUCAGGUUGUUAUUAAAAUAAUAAUUAUAAUUAAAAAAUCCGAAGAAACUUGAA